AUGAGCGACCAUCAGCCCCCCCAUAUCGUCCAUGUCGGCCUGGGUCCGGUGGGCUCGGCCAUCGUCCGAGAAGUCCUUCGCCGCGGCGCCGGCCAGCUGGUCGGCGCGGUCGACCUCGACCCGGCUAAAGCGGGCCAAGACCUCGGCGCGGUGAUCGAAGCCGGCGAAUCGCUGGGCAUCGAGGUCGGCAGCGACGCCAACACGGUGCUAGACAACACAGUGCUAUGCCAAAACAAGCCCGACCUGGCGAUCCUCACCACCACCUCGAGCCUCGAGCGGCUAACCCCACAGGUGAUUGACUUGGUGGGCCGUGGCAUUGCCGUGCUGAGCACCUGUGAAGAGCUCUCCUACCCGUGGGCAACACGUCCUGAUCUGGCCGGCGAGAUCGACCGCGCCGCCCGUGCUGCCGGCGUAGCGGUGCUGUCGAACGGAGUCAAUCCGGGGUUCGUGAUGGACUUCUUGCCGUCAGCCCUGUCGACCCUAUGCCGUGACGUCCGCGCGGUACGGGUCGAUCGGUUGCUGGAUGCCGGGGUCCGACGCCAAGCCUUUCAGGACAAAGUCGGCGCCGGCCUCGACCUGGCCGCCUUCGCCGAGCGCGCCGCUGCCGGCACCUUGCGCCACGUCGGCCUGCGGGAAUCCGCCGACAUGGUCGCCGCCGCCCUCGGCUGGCAGCUCGACGAUUACCGCGAGGAUCUCGAGCCGGUGCUGGCGGACGCGCCCGACCGAGCCCGCGGCACGCUGCAGGUGGGCCGAGGUUUUGUCGCCGGUGAGGAGCGCGUCACGCUCUACUUCCGGGCCGCCGUCGGUGAGCAAGACCCCCACGACCGGAUCGUCAUCGACGCCGAGCCACCGAUCGACAGCACCAUCCGCGGUGGUGUCCACGGCGACCUGGCGACCCACAACGUAGUGAUCAACGCUAUCCCGGCGCUGCUCGCCGCCCAGCCCGGCCUACGCACCAUGCUCGACCUGGCCACCCCGGGCUGCCGAGCGGGUCGCGGCCGGGACGCUUGA